UUCUCUCCCUUUCUCUCCACUUAUUCUUCUUCGACUUUCUUCUCUCUCGUUUUUAGAAACAUUUGAUCGUUUUCUACUUCUUGUUGCAGAACUUUUUAAGCUCCGCAUUAAUGGCGGACUUGAAAGAACGGCUUCUACCACCAAGACCCAUAUCUUCAAUUAACCUAAGAGAAGCUACUUCUCGUCCCAUAUCCUCAAUUAACCUAAGAGAAGCAACUUCUCGCCCUUCAGCAUCAGGACGACCUCUUUUCCAAGGUAUAGAUUUCUUAGGGUUAAAAAAACGUGGUCAAGGACUUCGAUCAUGGAUUCGUGUUGAUUCAUCUGGGAAUUCUCAAAUCAUGGAAGUUGAUAAAUUUACUAUGAUGCGUCGUUGUGAUCUUCCAGCUAGGGAUCUUCGUCUUCUUGAUCCUCUUUUUGUUUAUCCAUCUACAAUUCUUGGAAGAGAGAAGGCUAUUGUUGUAAACUUAGAACAAAUUCGAUGUAUUAUUACUGCUGAUGAAGUUUUACUGUUGAAUUCAUUAGAUAGUUAUGUGUUGCAAUAUGUAGUUGAGUUACAGAGAAGAUUAACUUCACCUGGAGUUGGAGAAGUUUGGCGAAAUGAGGGUCCUGAUUUAGGAAGGAGAAGAAGUGGAAGUAGAAGUUUUGAUAAUAUGUUUCCGACUGCUUCUCCUGAUUAUUUACCUUUUGAAUUUAGGGCUCUUGAAGUUGCUCUUGAGGCUGCUUGUACAUAUCUUGAUGCGCAGGCAGCUGAGUUAGAAAUUGAAGCAUAUCCGUUGCUUGAUGAGCUGACAUCAAAGAUCAGUACCUUAAACCUGGAACGAGUGCGUAGGUUGAAAAGCAGACUUGUCGCAUUGACUCGCAGAGUUCAGAAGGUUAGAGAUGAGAUAGAGCAGUUAAUGGAUGAUGAUGGAGAUAUGGCUGAAAUGUAUCUCACUGAGAAAAAAAGACGGAUGGAGGCAUCUUUUUAUGGUGACCAGUCUGUAAUGGGGUACAGUUCUACUGGUGGUGGACUAUCAGUUUCUGCUCCAGUUUCUCCUGUUUCUUCACCUCCUGAUAACCGGAAGCUUGAGAAGAGCUUGAGUAUCGCCAGGAGCAGGCAUGAAAGCAUGAAGAGUUCGGAAAGCACUUCCGAUAACAUAGAAGAGCUGGAGAUGUUGUUGGAAGCAUAUUUUGUUGUCAUUGAUAGUACCCUCAACAAGUUAACAUCGCUAAAGGAGUACAUUGAUGACACAGAAGACUUCAUCAACAUUCAAUUGGAUAAUGUUCGAAACCAGUUGAUCCAAUUUGAGCUGCUGCUUACAACUGCAACAUUCGUUGUUGCAAUCUUUGGAGUGGUUGCAGGGGUCUUUGGAAUGAACUUCACUGUACCAUUAUUCGAUCAACCAGAUGCAUUUAAGUGGGUCCUUGUCAUCACAGGCAUAUGCGGGCUUAUAAUAUUUGCUUCAUUUUUAUGGUUUUUCAAGUAUAAAAGACUCAUGCCCUUGUAGAGAGAAAAUAGAAAGGGUGGAAAGUAUUAUGGUAUUGAUGAUUUCCUCUGUAAGAUAUGAAGGAGAGAGAAAAGUGGCCCAGAGAAAUACAGCUUUUCUAGUGGAAUCAUUUUUGUGCCAUUACAAGUUUUUAGGCAUAUGGUAUGAAAAGUUCCUUUUACCUAUACUAUAUUAAUUUGGAUUAAAUGGGCAUAUUAUGGUUUUGUUCCUUGAUGUUGA